GUCACUGUUGACAAGAAAUCAAGUCGCGUGUUAUGAUAAUACACGUGUCGCAUCCAAUGACCUCCCACGUCAUGAUCUGGUCGAACCUGACCUGUGCUCCUCUACAGGUUGAUCUGCGCCGGAGAAGACACGCAACAUGCGACCUGUACAAGGGAGUGUUUGAGAAAAUGAGCUUGCAGACGUCUAUGGCUGUGAACUCUUGACGCAUAUUUUAUCAGACACCUCAGACAGUACAGUCACUGCGGUGCCAGACCUUUACAGAAAACUCGAAUCAUCAAUCCCUUUCAUUGUUGAUCCUUUCAAUUCACUGACUGGCGACUUGUCAAGAUUGGUGAGCAAGAACUCAAGGUGUUGAAUGGCCUCUCAUCAUCACCUCUGAAAUCUUCUCUAUCACCAAAUCUCAUUCACCAUUCUCAUCAAGAUUAUCAGGGUCUGACCAAGCAGACAUGCCACGCCGAUAUCUUCUGCCCACAGAGGAUCCACCCAAGCUGUAUCUGAGCCUAGUGUCAGAUCAAGACAGAGGCCGAAUCGGAAUCAGACCCCGCAUCGAUGAGGCAUCCCUCGAUAUGUGGGAUCCGAAGCUGCAAGAGAAGAUUUUCGGCGCCAGGUUCGAUGUUGAGCUUGAGCUUGAUUUGGGAGGCGCAAACGAGACUGCAGCUGACUCGGACACGUUGCUCCCGACUCCGGGCGUAUGGGACGAAGUCUCUCAAGUUAUUGAACGAGCGAUGGCCACAGCCCGCGAAGUCAAAACAGCGGGCGACGUCUCAAUCGCAGCUGGCAAAGGGGGAAAAGCAACUCCAACCGAGCUCCUCACCGCGAGGAGACAGGCCCUUCAGAUGUGUUCCAUCUUGGAGCAACUCGAUGUGCUGACGAUGAAGAUUCAGGAUCACGCGGAAGGGGGAUAUGAAGGCCUACACAAUCAGUCCUCCAACCAGGAGGACUUGGCAAGUUCGCAGGACCUCAUGCCCGAUAUCAAUCGAGAAGCUGCCAUUGUCGAGUCGAGAUUGCGAUACGUUUUAUGUAGAGGCAGCAUCAAAAUGGCGCAAGGUAAAGAUCCUGAUUCUGUGAUAAGUGAGGCGUGGUCGGAUGCGUGGAAAUUUGUGGGACACAAAAUGGCAGUUGAUCGAUGUUCGGCGUACUACACCCGCCGAGCUGCAGGAGAGACCUUCUCGGAAGAGAAGGAUCCUGGAGAUCCUGAGGCAGAGUGGGUAAUCUCUAUCGAGACUGGUAAGGAUGGAAGACAAAGACCAGUGGCAGACCUUGUUUAUCCAUCCGAAUCCCUUUCUGAGCCUUACACCAUGCGAGUGGGAGCAUCGAAUGUUCGGCGAGGGUCUAGCUCAGAGACCCCUGCGGAAUGGGCUGGAAAGCACUCUCACGACUUUUCGUCGAUCGGGGACACAGCUCGAAAAUUGAACGAGUUUCAAGGCCUUCUUAACGGUGCUGUUGAUGGUCGGGCCAGGCUUUCUCGUGAAGACGGGAGAGAAAUAGUGAAGCGAAUCAUCGAUACGCCUACGGAAGCCACUGCCCUCACGAUCAGGCUCGCAAACAGUCAUCGAAAUGCCGAUGAUCUUUGUAGCUUUCCCCAGUAUGGCUCAAAGGCAUUCGCUGAAGCUGAUCAGAGACUCCAAAGCGACUACACGGAUACGCUCGCUCAACUUGAGGAUCAGGUCAAAACGAUACAAAGUGACCAGGGAGAUGCCGGUGACGUUCUCAACGAUCUCAUCAAACAGUGCGUCACCACUUGGACGUUGAUCAACGAUCCCAGUCACGCCAAUUCUUGUAUGACGGCUCGAGCUCGACUGCUCGAGCUGAAGAUGAUGAAACGAGAGCUGGCUGAGGAGGAAGAGAGUGACGACGAGGAUUCAUUGGCUCGAAAACAAGAGGCAAUUGAUGGACAACGGAGUCAGCACAUGAAAGAGCUCGAGGAAGCGUUAGACACUUCUAAGAAGUCAUGGAAAGCUUAUACAGGCCAGAGCGCUCGCUCACGCGCUGCGCUGCGCAAGAACCUCUUGUCCCAAGGCUUUACCGACGAUGACUUUGAACUCUCUCCUUCAGAGCUGAUCUCGCGUAUCGCAGCUGACCGACUGUCUCGAAAGCAAAAGGCGCUCAUGCGACCCGUUGACGAUAUCCCAUCUGGUUUGGGCCUGAUCGGCUGUGAUCUGACUCAGGAGGAGAAAGAGUGCCUCGCUGCCGAGGUGGCAUCAAUCCUGCAACCCAACGCGAAGACCAACACUUGGAAUUCGUUGAGCAGCCGAGCUCGAGGUGUCGCAACCUCUUACCUGAGGUCUUUGGAUGAUCGCUCGGCCGUGGAUAUCAACAGCAGGGGCCAUGAAGAUCUGCAGUCGGACAUCGUCAGAGCCUUGAGCAACUACACGCCUGAGCAGCAACAAACAGCCUUACAGCUGAUUCACAGUAAAACGUACGACUCAGAGGAGAAUGAGAGUGCAGAUUAUUCCUAGCCUGGCCACUUAUUUAGACUGACAAGAAUGCACAAGUAAACCUGUUCUAACCCGCCCUCUUUGAGCCAAAGCCCGAGCACGAACCCAGGGAGUAAUCCUCAAGUCUGCGUCACAUCACAC